UCUCACUUCUUAUUCUUCGUUCCUUUGCGCGUCCCCGAAUACUUUUCCGCCAACCUUCCCACCGUAAACGACAGUCUGAAACGAAGACUUCUGUGCCUAACCAUCUCCUUCUCCCACUCUUUUAUCAUCUUAUUCUCUGCACACCUCUCGCAGUUUUUUUCGUUUGAAUCAGACACAGCAGCACAAGAAGAAGAAGAAGAAGAAGAAGAAGAAGAAGAAGAAGAAGAAGAAUGGAGAGCUCCAGGAACCAGCACAGUCUCGGCGUCAACAAAGCCAUCAAGAAGGAGGGCCCCCGCCAGCCGCGCGUCUACAACAUCCGCAGCAGCGACUUCCGCUCGGUAGUCCAGCAGCUCACCGGCGCUUCCGCCUCCCUCCCGCGGCCGCGCCGCCUCAACCAGGCCCGCCCCCAGCCCCUGGCCCCCCUCCCCCGCCCCUCCGUCCCCACCACCCCGGCCGACCCCGCUGUGCCGCCGCCCGCCGAGACCCCCUUCUCCGCCUACAUGCGCUUCCUGGAGAUCUCCCUCCUCCACUCCGACGGCUCCCACCGCCCCGCCCACUCGCCGCUCCGGCCUUCCCCUCCUCCACCCUUGCCGCUCGACCUCGAGUCGCCGAGCGCGUUCCUGGACCUGCUGUCGCCCAGGUGCCCGCAGCUGUCGCCUUGACUCCGCCACCCUACGCUGCCGCUCCGUUCUCACCGGUAGCCUUGCAGCCUCCGCAACCGCCAUCGCCGGGCCUGCUCCUUCCGCGGUCCUCCGGGGCACUUCGCGAGCCCCACGUGGAAGGAUCCGUAGACAGUAAGCGAUCGAUAGGUUUCUCACAGUCAUUCGAUUCGUCGGGAGUCUCAAAGAUGUAAUCUUUUCGUUUCGUUCGUUUCUCUUCCUUUCCCUGAAUCAACUGCACGCAGUCAAAGAAAACUGCAUGCAGAUUCUUUCUGUUCUUACCAAAUGAUCGCACAGCUUUGUUCUCUCA